AUGAAGGGGUUUGCAUUGCUCGCUAUUCUGACUCCGAUCGUGACGGCACUCACGGCUGGACACAAGCAUUUACAUCACAACUUUGCCAAACGCCAGAAUAUCACGCAGGCUCAAAGUACGAACGCGACACAGGCGGCCAAUUCUACAGCAUACGACUAUGUCGUCGUUGGCAGUGGCCCGGGAGGUGGCCCACUUGCUUCAAGGCUGGCAAUAGCCGGAUACAAGGUCCUCUUGAUUGACGCCGGAGAUGAUGAUGGGGAUGCAAUCUUCCAACAAGUUCCUGCUUUGCAGCUGCAGGCGACCGAGUACGCACCAAUGCGUUGGGACUAUUUUGUCAACCACUAUUCCGACGAAGCCCGUCAGGAGCAAGACUCGAAGAUGGUCUGGGAGACUCCUUCAGGUGAUCACUAUGUUGGCAACAGUCCACCAGCCGGCUCGACCCCGUUGGGAAUCUGGUACCCACGCACGGGAACCCUGGGCGGCUGUGCGGCACACAAUGCCAUGAUCACAAUCUAUCCGCACGAGAGUGACUGGAACAACAUUGCGACCAUCACGGGAGACAACUCGUGGGAGGCGGCCAAUAUGCGCAAAUACUUUGAACGCCUUGAACGGUGCAGAUACCUUCCCAACAGCAUUGUGGGCCAUGGAUUCGAUGGAUGGUACGAAACCAGUUUGACCGAGCUCUCCCUCGCGGUGGAGGACACAAAGCUGCUCUCGCUCAUCAUCGCUGCCGGCACAGCCAUGGGGAAAGGCCUCCUCGGAAGAAUCCUCAACACGGUGGCCGGACUAGGCGAAGUCCUCCUGCGCGACAUCAACGCUUACGUGCCCUCUAGAGACUCUCAAGAAGGUCUCUACCAGGUCCCCAUAGCGGUCACCGAAGUCGACAAGAAGCGCAACGGGCCUCGAGAUUUCAUCCUCGAAACCGCAAAUGCCGUCAACGCCGACGGAUCCCGCAAGUACCAUCUCGACAUCAAGCUGAACACACUGGUCACCAAGGUCCGUUUCGAUAACACUAAUAAUAGUACUAGUACCAAUACCACGGUGUCCAACAAGCCCAAGGCUGUCGGUGUCGACUACAUCGAGGGACCAAAGCUCUACCGCGCCGACCCGGGCUCUGGCUCAGCAUCCGCUGGUGCUCCAGGCAGCGUCGACGCCAGCAAAGAAGUCAUCAUCUCCGCCGGCGCCUUCAACUCUCCGCAGCUUCUCAAACUGUCCGGGAUCGGUCCCAAAGCCGAGCUCCAGAAGUUCAACAUCCCCGUCGUCGUCGACUUACCCGGCGUUGGCACGAACCUUCAGGACCGCUACGAGGCGACCAUCGUAGGUGACAGCAACACAGACUUCGCCAUCACCCAUGACUGCACGUUUCUGCGCACCAGCUCGGACCCCUGCUUGGAGCAAUGGAAGACGGCGUCGGGACCGUUGCUCAAGGGCACGUACGCCACGAACGGCAUCGCCAUCGCCGUGGUCAAGAAGUCCUCAGCGGCCGACGCGGACGACGACCCUGACCUCCUGAUCUCGGGAGCUCCCGCUUACUUCACUGGCUACCACCCCGGCUACGCCAACUUAUCUCUCGCCGACGCGCACCACUGGAGCUGGAUCGUGCUCAAGGCGCAUUCGCGCAACAACAAGGGCACCGUGCGUCUGCGGUCGGCCGACCCGCGCGACACGCCCGUCAUCGACUUCAACUACUUCGACACAGGCAACACGGACGCCGGCGCCGACGAAAAGGACCUGCAGGCCGUGUACGAGGGCAUGCAGCUGUCGCGGGAGAUUUUCAAAUCCUACAUCCCUCUCCAGGGCGAUUUCCACGAGGUCUGGCCCGGCGCGGACCGUGUGUCGACGACCUCGGAGCAAGAAAUGAAGGACUGGAUCAAGAAGGAGGCCUGGGGCCAUCAUGCGAGCUGCACGUGUCCGAUCGGCGCUGACGAUGACCCCAACGCGGUCUUGGACUCCAGGUUCAGAGUCCACGGUGUCGACGGGUUAAGAGUCGUCGAUGCCAGUGUGUACCCCAAGAUCCCGGGCUUUUAUAUCGUGUUGCCGACGUACAUGAUCAGCGAGAAGGCCGCGGAUGCCGUUCUGGAGGAUGCGUAA